AUGGUUUCCUUAACUAGUGACAUCAAGUCAAAUCCUCCCUCAGUUUCCCGUACACCAUCGUUUCUGCGCAAGUCGCAGAACUCUCCUAUUACUUCACAGGAGAGGGACAAAGACAAAGACAAAGAUACUAAAGAGAAGAAAAUGAGCAAGAUCUCCAGAUUGUUGCACAAAUCUGAAAGUCAUCAUGGAGAAGUAUCCGAGAAAGAAGGACACCACAAGAUUAGAAGCAGAGCUGCAACGCUUUUACAUAUCAAGAACAAGAGUGAACAUGCCCCUACUCCGGUUGCCCCGACACCUAUGAGGGCAACAACUCAUGGAGAAUUGAACUCUUCUAAGAAAAAAGCCGAUGAAUUGGCAGCCAUGAGAAAUGGGAUUGCAGCUCCUAGACCUCAAAAACAACAACCUUUAAGUCGUCCAGCAAGUUCUGCUACUUUAACCCGUAAGGACUCUAUUCAGUAUAAUCCAUAUGGUCUCAUCAAAACUCCAUCCCAGCAGCUCGCUUCGAAAUCGAACUCUUUCUACUUGAAUGGAAGUGGGUCGGAAUCUGAAGAUAGUAGGUUGUUGCCUUUGCCUGUUGAGAAUCCCAAUAUGCAUUUACCUUCUGAGUUACAUCAGCUUAACGUGAAUAUUCUAGAGGAGUAUACUCUACCAGAAAAGAACUCCAAGAAAGACAAGAGUUUAGGCUCCGGUGCCUCUGCUACAGUGAGAACUAUCCUUGGCAAGCAGAAUAGCAAAGUUUAUGCCUUGAAAAAGUUCCAAUUGUUCAAGAAUGAAACUUCUGAAGAAUUCUAUAAAAGAGCUGCCAAGGAAUAUAUUAUAACCAAGAACUUAGAUUCAUGUCUACAUGUCGUCAGGUGCUAUGCUCUAGUAAAGAUACCCUCAUCAACAAGUUUUACGAGAGGCUGGGGAUUUAUUUUAGAGUACUGCAAAGGUGGUGAUUUGUUCGACUUUAUUCGUAAACCCAACUGGAAAUCUGUUCCUUUGAAUGAAAAGUUUUGCUUGUUUAAACAAUUAGCUUUUGGCAUCAAUAAUCUUCAUGAAAGUGAUAUCGUGCAUAGAGAUAUCAAACCAGAAAAUGUAUUGAUUGAUUCUAAAGGAGUGGUAAAGAUUACAGAUUUUGGUGUUGCUGAUUAUGGUCAUGAAAUCCCAGGAGAUUUCACUUCCCCAAUCAAGUUUUCUACUGCAUUUGUUGGAUCUGCUCCUUAUUCCCCUCCAGAAGUGAUGGAUUUAAAGGACCAUGUAAACAGAAAAGUGCCCUACAACCCAUUCAAGAUGGAUCAUUGGGCACUGGGAAUGAUGCUUUUUUGUGUUGUUUACCAAGGGACACCCUUUUCAGCUGCAUCGAGGAAGAAUUUGCAAUUCAGAGAGUAUCUUACUGCAAACUCGACUUAUUUAUCUUCCAAUCCGUCAUUCAAGUUUGGUGGAGUAACCAAAGGUCCUGGGACUGAAUUCAAAUAUGCCAAAGAGUUUAAAUCUACAGGUGCAUCUCGAUGUGCAUGGAGACUAUGUGAUGAAGAUCCGGAAACACGAUACACAUUGCCUGCUCUAUUCAAGGAUCCCUGGUUCCAGCAACUAGAAGUUUGCAUAAAAGAGGGCAAGCACUUUUGCAAUUUUGUUCACCACGAUGACUUCACUGACUACUCUGAUACCGAAUGGGAAACGGAAGAUGAAAGAACUGAGUUAGACUACAGGGUUAGGUCCGAUAGCUCUCAGAAUCCUUCUCGUAGUAACUCUACAAUGCACCGAUCUACUUCAGCCCAGAUGUCUCGGACUUCCAGCCAGUCGAGCAUGAUUAAGACCCCGGUCAAGUCAAUGCUGGAUGUUGGUGCAGGUGGUAUGGAUUUAAAUCAAAAAAUCAAAGAAGAAGACAUCCAAGAGGCAGCCGAGUUUGAAGAGGAGGCUCAUCAUGUAAUAAAGCAACCGAAAGCUGUAAGCCCAGCUGAAAGCAAAGUUGAGCUUUCAAAUGGUGAAAUUUUGGGUCAGCAGCUCCCAAAUCUUUCUUUGGAGGAAAUUCCUGAAACUGAAGAAGUUGAAACUGAAGAAGCAGACUCCGAAGCCAAAGAUAAAGUACCUGAAGGUAUUCCUCAAGUGGUUCCAGAUACAAAUUCAAGAAAGAUUGCGGAGACUGUGUUGGGCAGCACUCCUGACGAUGCAAUUGAAGCAGUUCCAGGAACUUUCCCGAACAACGCCCCUGGCCCCGAUGUCCAUUUUGAACCUCCUUCUGAAGCUAAUGUCAAUCUGGAUUAUUCUGAGGUUAAUAAUGAAAACCAUCCAGAUAGCAAUACCGAAGCUUCUAAACAUUCCCCGCCGCAUCUUCAUCACUUCCUGGAGGAUCUAAGUGCGCGCCAUAAUGUGUUGGUUACUGAAAGCGGAGCCAAACCGAUCGUAUAUCCGCCAAAAAUAACAGAAUCGGAUAGAGAUGUUAACAUAGUUAAAACCAAGGAAGAAAUCAUCCGUGAACGAUCGUUGGAUAUAAUCGUUCCUACUGAUCUAAUCAUCAAAGCUAGCUGUGGAUGUAAAAUUAAGCCGCAUCAUCAUUUGUUUUAA